AGCAGGUAUUCUGUUUAUGAAUGGCACUUAACAUGGAGGAAUACCGUUUCAGAAAGUCAAAACCAGGCGGAAGAGAAGUCGCUGUCGGACGGGCGUCCCCUUGACCACCAUCGCGUGCGAGGACGAGUUCGACUGCAAGGAGCUCGAGUCCCUCUUCCAGAACUACAACCUGAAGCUGGAGCAGACGUCCACUCUCAAAGCCCUGGCCGUGCUCAUCUUCAUGUCCUCGACGCUGACCGUGGUGGAGUUGCUGUCCGGACCCAGCCUCACAAUCUCCAAGGGGUCCCAUCCGGUCCACUGUGUCGUCUUCGUCUCCCUGUUCAUCGUGACGAACGUCAAGUACCUGCAGGUGACUCAGCUCCAACAGAUCGUCAACCUGGCGCUGCUCUUCGGCUUCACUUUCUCCUUCCUCUGCUGUCCCUUCUCGCUGGGCGCGAUGGGCAUGGAGCCGCCGACGUCCCCGGAGCAGGGCGUGUGGCAGCUCAUCCUGGUCACCUUCGUCGCCUACGCGCUCCUACCGGUGCGGACGCUGCUGGCGGUCGUGUUUGGAAUAAUGGUCUCCAUCUCGCAUUUGAUUGUGACCGCCACUUCUGUCACGGCGAAAACGCAGAAACUGUGGAGAACGUUAGUUGCCAACACAGUGCUGUUCACUAGUGUCAACCUGUCAGGGCUGUUUGUGCGCAUCCUGACAGAGCGAGCCCAGAGGAAGGCCUUCCUGCAGGCCCGCAACUGCAUUGAAGAGAGGCUCCGCAUGGAGGACGAGAACGAGAAACAGGAGCGCCUGCUAAUGAGUCUGUUGCCCAGAAACGUAGCUAUGGAGAUGAAAGAGGAUUUCCUGAAGCCCCCAGAAAGGAUCUUUCACAAAAUCUACAUCCAGCGACACGACAAUGUCAGCAUCCUGUUUGCUGAUAUAGUGGGUUUCACCAGUCUGGCCUCCCAGUGCACAGCCCAGGAACUGGUUAAGCUCCUAAAUGAGCUGUUUGGAAAAUUUGAUGAGCUUGCGACGGAGAACCACUGCCGAAGGAUUAAGAUCCUGGGGGAUUGUUACUACUGUGUGUCUGGACUGACCCAACCCAAGACCGACCACGCGCACUGCUGCGUGGAGAUGGGCCUGGACAUGAUCGACACCAUAACGUCAGUAGCAGAGGCCACAGAAGUCAACCUGAACAUGCGUGUGGGCUUGCACACGGGUCGGGUGCUGUGUGGAGUGCUGGGCCUCAGGAAAUGGCAGUAUGAUGUGUGGUCCAAUGACGUGACCCUCGCCAAUGUAAUGGAGGCCGGAGGACUACCUGGGAAAGUCCACAUCACCAGAGCCACCCUGGAGUGCCUCAACGGAGAUUAUGAGGUGGAGCCGGGAAACGGUCACGAAAGGAACGCCUUCCUCCAAAAACAUGAAAUUGAAACCUUCUUUAUAGUGCCAUCUCACCGACGGAAGAUAUUCCCAGGAUUGAUUCUUUCGGAUAUAAAGCCAGCCAAAAAGAUGAAGUUCAAAACUGUGUGCUACUUACUAGUGCAGCUUAUGCACUGCAGGAAGAUGUUCAAGGCUGAGAUUCCCUUCUCCAAUGUCAUGAACUGCGAGGACGGUGAUAAGCGGAGGGCCAUGCGGACGGCGCCGCAAAAGCUGAGGAGCCGUCCCAACGCCAACCAGGCCAACGUGAUUCAGAGCAGCCCCAGGACCCGGGUGAACCGCUACAUCGGCCGCCUGAUCGAGGCCCGCCAGACCGAGUCGGACACGGCGGACCUCAACUUCCUCACACUCACGUACAAGUGCUCGGAGCGCGAGCAGAGGUACCACCAGCUGCCCGACGAGCACUUCAUCAGCGCGGUGGUCGUCUCUCUGAUCCUCGCUGCCUUGUUCGGCCUCGUCUAUCUUCUCAUCAUACCACAGGGAACAGUGGUACUCGUCCUACUCGUCUUCUGCAUCUGCUUCCUGGUCGCUUGUAUCAUGUACCUGCAUAUCACCAGAGAACAGUGUUUCCCCGGGUGCCUGACCAUCCAGAUCCGCACUGCCCUCUGCGUCCUCAUCGUGCUCUUAAUCUACGCUGUGGCCCAGGCCUGCGUGGUGGGCUGCAUGCCCUGGUUGUGGGGCAGUGCCAACGCCAACAGCUCCAUCGUCAUCAUCGACCUGGACAGCGGCGCCAACCACACCAUGGAGGAGCUGCCGUGUGACGGCGCCCGCUACGCCUUCCUGUCCUGUGUGGUGGGCACACUCACCCUUGCACUUUUCCUGCGGGUCUUCUGGCUGCCAAAGAUGGUGCUGAUGCUCCUUCUGGGGGUGCUGUAUGUCACUGUGCUGGAGCUCAGCGGCUUUCGCAGCACUGCAGGUGGGGGGUCCUUCCACAUCUGGGGCUAUGAGCCCAUCCUGUCUCUGUUGCUCUUCGUCAGCGCCCUGGCCCUCCACUCCAGGCAACUUGACCUCAAACUGCGCCUGGACUUCCUUUGGGCUGUGCAGGCGGAGGAGGACAGAGACGGCAUGGAGAAAGUCAAGCUUGACAACAGGAGGAUUCUCUUCAAUCUCCUGCCCGCCCACGUGGCUCAGCACUUCCUGUUGUCAAACCCCAGGAACAUGGUGAGCCUCGCUAAUAGACAGGCAGACAAACAGGAUCUCUACUAUCAGUCCUACGCACAAGUCGGCGUCCUGUUUGCAUCGAUCCCCAACUUCAACGAUUUCUACAUCGAGCUGGAUGGCAACAACAUGGGAGUCGAGUGCCUGAGACUACUGAACGAGAUCAUCGCAGACUUUGACGAGCUUAUGGAUAAAGAGUGCUACAAAGACAUUGAGAAAAUCAAAACCAUUGGCAGUACAUACAUGGCAGCUGUGGGCCUCGUCCCCACCAUUGGUACCAAGGCCAAGAAGUCGGUCUAUGACCACCUGAGCACCAUAGCGGACUACGCCAUCGAGAUGUUUGACGUUCUGGAUGAAAUCAACUACCAGUCGUACAAUGAGUUUGUGUUGAGAGUGGGUAUCAACGUGGGUCCAGUGGUUGCCGGGGUGAUAGGGGCGCGGCGACCUCAGUACGACAUCUGGGGGAACACGGUCAAUGUGGCCAGUCGGAUGGACAGCACCGGAGUGCCAGGAAAGAUACAGGUGACCGAAGACGUUUAUCGCCUGCUGAACAACAACUACGACCUGGUGUGCCGCGGCAAAGUCAGUGUCAAGGGCAAAGGCGAGAUGCUGACCUACUUCCUGGAGGGCAAGGUUCAGUGCGUGGGCGCCGUCACCACCUCGUCGGUCGUCCGCUCCGCCAGCCUGGCGCGACGGAUCCACUCCUGCGGAAAGACCAGCGUCCCGACCAACCUGGGCAGCGUCUCCUCCGCCGCCAGCCUGAGCGCCCACGCCAGCAUGGGCAGCGGCAUGCAGGUGAACAGCCAAGCCACGUGCCUGCCCUCCACCUUCGUGCCCGCCGUGGGCGAGGAGGACGAGGAGGACAUCGAGGUGACGGCGAUCCAGAUCGAGGCCGCCGCAACCGUCGCAGACGCCGCGGUGUAGGACGGAAAACGGACUUCACCGCAAACAAGGAAGUGAAAAAAGCAUGGCGGCAGGCCUGCGGAAGACAGGGCUGUCCGGGUGUUUUCCUGUAAAUCCCGAGCGGCUGGCACAGACCAGCAUGUGCUCAUUCAGGGUGGGAACUUACAUGGUCAUACGGGACAAUCGUGCUCACUCGGAGGUUUUAAAAAAAAAUAAAAAUAAAACUUCUCGCCACUCUCGGGAGACAAGAAUGCCGCAGAAUCUAAAAUCCUCUCGUUAAGAUCUCAAACACAAGAGGAUUGGAUUGGUGGCGUUCCUGCGUUCCCCUCAGAUCCAGGUAUAAUGCGCAUCUUUGUUUUCUAUGUCGUGCAUAAUCCGUGUACAGGGGGUAUGUGCGUCGGUAUCCAGACAAAGACUGAUCACGUUGUUGCUUUUGCACAGUCUCUCCGAUUAUGCCAAGGAUAAAACAGUGUUGUUUCUUUUUUGGUGUGCGUAAGCAUGCACGUGUGUGUACUCGUGAGUAUGUGUAUGCAUGUGUGGUUAACUCUGAAUUGUAAACAAAACAGCACAAAAUACUUCUUUCUUUUUUAUACUCACUGGAUGAAAUAGGCUUUUUCGAGACAUAUUUACACUUGAUAGUGCAUGAGUUUUUUUAAAGAGUCGACAGCCAUAGUAACGGCACUCCUGUUGAAAGAAAACCAAAGUAUUGAGCUCUCCAUAGAUCUUUCAUCUCAAUGCUCGUGUUGCCUCAACAUAUCUAACGACAUACAAGAGACACGGUUGAAAAUAUUCAGCGUUUUUGGGCUCUUUCGCACAACUUGGGUGGACUUUAUCUCAAAAGUGAAUGCCUCCCUCUGUGGGGUAAUUAUCUACGUAUAUAUGUAGAUUUCCAGGGAGGAAUUCCUACACCGACGAGAGAAAAUACAAUAAGCACACGACUUCGACGAAUGCACAAGCGAGUCCUUCAGCCUAAACCUUUCUCACGUCGACUCGUCUCCUGGGAGCACACAGCGUCCAGCUGCUGUCCUCUCUGAGGCCGCGCUGCGUUUACCACAGCUUUUAUUUUUGCUCUAUUACAGCCACAUUUUCAGUUUUCCUCACAAAAUUAUCUAUAUAAAUAUAUAUAUAUAUAUCUAUACAAGCUUUAGCACGUCUCUCAGAUACAAUCUCAGAAAUAUGAGGCCCUUUGAAUAUCUUUGUAGCCUCUUUAAUCAGCGUUUGACUUUCACUCGAUCCGCAAGUGUGUAAAUAAAUCAUGUUACAAGUUUUUUGCCUUACUCAAUAAGCUUACAGUGAUUGCAACCUGCCUUUUUAGAUAUAUUCACUUUGAUAUGCAGAUCAUACUUUUUGUAAAUAGCCAAAAGCUAUAAAAUAUGUUGUAUCUUGUACAGUGUAAAGUUGGGUUAUUGAAUAUUUUGUAAUAAAGACAAUAUUGAUGUAUAAAAUAAUGAAAUGCGAUGGCUGUGACCCUGUGGGGUCGUGGUUGAGCGAGGAAAUGAAGAGCUUUAUUGAUUUUCAA